CGAACCUCAACCCCAACUUUUGAACAUCACGAAUCCAACCAAUUGCCAUCACCAUGAGAAGAGAAGACGUCACUUACAUGGGUGCCGGUCCGGCUGCCCUCCCGACUGAUGUCCUUACCACCGCAGCUGAAGCUCUGCUGAACUACCAGGACACUGGCUUGGGUGUCGCAGAACACAGCCAUCGCAGCGAGCUGGCCGCGAACAUCUUGAACACCGCUAAGGCUGAUUUGGCCAACUUCCUCGAUAUCCCCUCAUCCUACGAGAUCCUGUUCAUGCAAGGUGGUGGUUCCGGUCAAUUCGGCGCAACUGUUUACAACAUCGUUUCCGUCUGGGUCGAGAAGCAAAGACAGAAGAUUCUGAAGGAAAAUGCCGAGAUCAGCGAGGAGGAUACGUUGAAGGAGUUGCUCAAGAAGGUCGAAUCGGAGCUGCGAUUGGACUACCUUGUGACUGGAUCAUGGUCGUUGAAGGCUAGCCAAGAAGCUGUCCGUCUCCUCGGACCUGAGUAUGUCAACGUUGUCAGUGACUCCAGAACCGUCAACGACGGAAAGUUCGGCAAGAUCGCAGACGAGUCGGCUUGGAGUCUGAGCCCCAAAGCUGCUAUGGUGUACAUGUGUGACAACGAGACGGUCGAUGGUGUUGAAUUCCCUAGCUUCCCCAAGGUGCUGGAGCCCAAGGGAACCGACAACGACCCGCUUGUCAUCGGUGAUUUCUCGUCCAACAUCCUGUCUAGACGGAUUCCUGUCGAGAAAUACUCUGUCAUCUUCUUUGGAGCUCAGAAGAACCUCGGUACUCCCGGAGUCACUGGUGUGAUCAUCAAGAAGGAUCUCCUGCCCCCCGUUUCUCCUCCCGCCUCCCCUGCUAUCCUGCGCAAGCUCGGUUUGCCGAUAGCACCCACCAUCCUCGAUUACUCCGUUAUCGCCAAGAACAACAGUCUCUACAACACUCUUCCCAUCUUCGAUGUCUACAUUGCUGGUCAAGUCUUGAAGAAGCUGCUUGCCGAGUUCCCCGACAAGGUGGAUGGACAGCAGGCUGUCGCUGAAAAGAAGGCCAACCUUAUCUACAAGACUCUGGAUGCCUACCCUGAAGUUUACAGGGUCGUACCGGACAAGGCUGUCCGCUCACGGAUGAAUGUCUGCUUCCGUGUGACUAAGGGUGGCAAUGUGGACGAGUCAGAGAAGGCUUUCUUGAAGGGCGCUGUUGAGCGUGGCGUUACCGGACUCAAGGGCCACAGAAGCGUUGGAGGUAUCCGUGCCUCCAACUACAACGCCAUCCCCGAAUCAGGUGUGGAGAAGCUCGCUGCUUACUUGAAGGAGUUCGCCACUGCGUAACGGUGUAGGAAUACGAAAAGUGAUAUCUGCACAUAUAGGAGAUCUUGUUUGACUAGGCUAGGCGUUUAAGGCUAAAAAGGCUGAAUACAGAGAUUGAGCAUGCUCGUCCAAGCUCCCAUUGCAUGGGUCAAUGACCAACCAUCUCGUCCUUUCUGACCUAUGUACUGUGAAUGAACCCUCGCUUU